AUGGAUUCUACUGAUUUUCCAACAUGUGCCACCUGCACAGAGGAGUACCCUUUCAUGGAUACAAUUAAAACUCCCAUUUGUGGAUUGUGCUUAUACAACGAUGCUCUUCAGGCUGCAGAAAAUCCGAGCAGUGUCCCUCCACUCAAGUUCUGCAAGGAUGGCUGUGGGAAAACUCUCCCACGGAAUGCAACAGAUAUGUGUGGACCUUGCAAGCGAAAGGCCACAAUCAACCUACCUCACCGUCUAGCUACCAACACAAGCCGAUUUCAAACACCAGCUCAAAUCCUCAGCAAUCGGAUUGUCCCCACCCCAAGCCCAGUCUCUCGACCUAUUAAACGAUCUGCACCAAAUCCACCAAAGUCAUCAGGAUCAACUCCAACUCUACUGGAGCACGCUGAGGUUUACAGACAUGGUGAAAGCACAGCAAAGAGAGUCCGUAUGGAUCGACAAACUACUAAGAAAAAAAACCCACCAGCAGGCCCUGUUAAGCAUCGAGUUGUGGUCAAGCUUCGAUACAACACUCAAUGUGGCGCAAGAAGGCAUGGAGUCCAGGACUAUACUCAUGAUAUCAACUUCUCAGAUCAUCGCUGGGAGUUUGAAAUUGCUCAAUCUGCAACCGAACACUUUCGCGAAAAUUCAGUAGGGUUCUUUCAACCCUUGACCAAAUCUCGCAAGACCAACCGACUUCUAUAUCCUGAUCUCCCACCCUAUGAUAGCACCUUCUAUUCCCUUGGUGUCAAUAACGCAAAGCUUUUGGGAGAUCACCUCAAGGACCAGAUCAUAACUUACGACACUCCACAGCCUGGUAAACGCAAACGAGGCCCACUAGUCAUCACCCUUUCAUUUGCGGCUGCAACCUACUUAGCUUCCAUCUUGGCAACAAGUUCUCAAUCCGAUACAAAUUCAGAAAGCGAGGAAAGCAAAAAAGGAGACCAAAGCAAAGAAGGUGAAGAAAGUGAGGAAAGCAUGGAAUUGGAAGAAUAUGUUGACUUUCCAAAACCGGUUCCAGCCAUCAAUCAGGUGGGAUUUCAGGCUGCCAAAGAUAUCGAUACACCAUCUUUGUGGACAGCUGAUCUCUCAAACUCUGUAAAACUUGCUAUCAGACGUAUAUAUCAACUUGCGAAUCAAGGUAUUGACCCUCUCAACAUCUCUAUAGAGUCGACUGUAGCAGCACAUGCAACAUAUGAUGCUUUGACUGCCAGUUUUCCUCAGGAAUACGCAAUUCCUCUCCCUGAAAAUCAUCCUGCCGGUCCAGAUCAGACAAUCACUUUGAUUUCAUGGAGUGACGCUCUACAACUGCGUUUGAAGAUAGGACGACGUUUAUCUUUGAUGGAGCCUUCAUGGAUUCGAAGUUUUGGGGAUGUCCUCCCUGAAGUUGAAGAUUUUAUUCGCGAUGAGCAAAAACCAUUACCUUGGUCAAACGGAGUUUUAAUUUCACUUGUUGCUCAAUCAGACAAUUCAAGUCUUGAUCCAUCUCUCAAGGACCUCGUAUUUGGCCGAUGGUACGCAAUGCAGGAUAUUGAAAAAGAUUACUUGAUUGGUAAGGGAACAAGGCGAUAUAGCUACAAGGGAACCUUGCUCAUCGAUGGAAAAUCUCAAAGUGUGGUGGUAAAGGAGAUCCUGAAUGAAGAACAUCAGGAUGAGGAAGCUUACUUGACAGAAUUAGCAGUGUAUCAUCUGACCUCUUGCCUACUUGAAAGAUUCAAGAUUGCAAUGUUUUUCUCUACACAUGUGACAAACGAUCAAAAGUUGUUAUUAAACACUCUACGUCCAUCUGGGACGCAUGCACAAUAUAUCACUUAUCUUAUUGAAGAAGUAUUGUAUCAUCCACUAGAAGUGAUAUGUACCACACAAGAUUUCAGCCCUUCACAGCCGGAAUCUAUAUCAUCAGAUUGUUUGAGCGCAUUUGUGCAUUUCACCUAUGACUACUUCCGAGGUCAAGCACUGGUUUCAAACAUCAAAUUCAAAGAUGGAUUACUGACUGGAAUGCGGAUGAUAGACCUCAGGCACAAGUGGUCAUGGGAUAACCCACGUCAAGAUGGAAUCGACGCAUUUAUCUCCAGUCAUAUCUGUGGGACUGCUUGCUUUGCACUGGAUUUGAAUCCAGCAUCUUUCAAGUAUGACAAGACACUCAAGCAGAUUACAUUGAAACAUAACAAUAUUAACAUUCAAAACAAAGAGUCUAGAAGUGGCACCUCUGAAUUGGAAGAAGAAUCAGGUGUGAUUGAUCAUGUGGAUGAUGGUGAGAAUUGA